AUGUCGCUACUUCCUGAUGUGUUUGCUUUGAACGACAGUUCACCUUCUAGUUUGUUUAACAUAAGUAUGGACUACAUCGUGUCCAACUUAAAUGUAAUUACCAAAUUGGAUCCAAAAAGUCGAUGGCGCCAACUGAAAGAUGACAUCAUAUUGCCUGCUGAAAUCUGCGAGAGACUGGUUGAGGCCUAUCAGAAGAAGUAUCGAAUUAACGAUAACAUUGCAAAUAUGUUUCGUGAUCGCACCAGAACGCGUUUAAAUCGCGUAAAAUUGCGUAAUUCACGCAUUACAGAUGAAGGUCUCCGUUGCUUGAUGGAGCACAAGCCUUCCGAGGUCGAGCUGAUUCAAUGUGAAUACCUUUCCCAAGCUUCUCUCGACAUCAUAAGCAGCAACAGUGAAAAUCUAGUCUCUCUCAAGUUUGGGCCACUCACUUAUGCACUUUCUCAAGAUGAAAAUCUGUAUCGUCAACGCAGAUUUGUUAUUGAUGCUCCCAAGCUGCAACGUUUGUCUAUACACUGCCGAGGAAUGUCAAUCUUUCCUCUUUUGCUUCUGAAACCACUACAUAAUCUAACACACCUUGAUCUUUCUGAAUUUUCAUCUGCCGGUUCGACUUGGGCCCUGCAUGAACUAAAGAAUUUAGUAACACUUGUUCUGCAUAGUGUGCUCUGGUCAAAAGAAAUUAUUGAUUGGAUUGCUACUCUGACUAAUCUACGCCAUUUGGAUGUAUCCCAGCCAAAUGAGAGACAUGGGAAAUAUAUGAAUCCCAAUGAGAUUUUGACUAAGUUGGUGACCAGUUUACCUAAUUUGGAAUAUUUGGAUAUAUCUGGGACAAACUUGGCUGGUACUGGCUCAGCCGUUCCAGCUGCUAGCGAUGGAAUGUCUGAUUUGGAACAUGUCCGUUGUGAUAUACCGGGCCUUGUCAGUAGAGUUGAUAGGCCUUUAGAAUUUCUGGGCCUGUAUGGAACUCUACAUGGUGCAUGCAAACGUCAUGACAUACCAGCCAAAGUGAUCACCGGAGAUGCAAAUGAGGAGCAGAUCUUGAUAGCUGGUUCUGUGUACAUGGAGAGACCUGCGAUGCUGACUCGUGUCCUCAACGACCUAUACUAUAUGUUCCGCAGUAUUGAACACUAUAACUCAUAUGUCGGACGAGCUUUGAAUGUCGUCUUAACGGCGAUGGAGACCCAUUGCUUGGAGAAACAUAUUCAAAUAUCCGGAAGUGCAACACUAUUUUAUAUAGUGAAAGGCAAAGAUAGAUCUCGUAUCGGCAUACAUCUGAAGCGGCGUAUCAUAAAAGUGUUGUUGGAUGGUAUGGAAGCUCAUCUCGGCGAUGAUACUAUGAUGAGGAAUGGCUGUCUCACACUCUGCCAAUUCAAAAUACCCAAUGAUGUGUUGUUUGAAUACGAGAGGGUGGUUCAGAUUUUACUGAACGGUGUUUCUGACGUCAAUCAAGAGGGUUUCGUGCAACGUAUAGCGAUAUACUUGCUUAACUCGCUCGCCUGUCAGGUCGAUGGCACUCAGAAACGCUUUCUGGGAGUCCACGGAGCUAUCGGGAAAAUGUUGAAUCUGAUCGCUGAUCGUCUUGAGCGUCGUAUCUGUGACGAUGUUCUCGAGGUAGCUUGGUCUACUAUGUGGAACGUCACCGAUGAGACUCCCCACAACUGCCAGCUGUUCCUCGAUAAUCGUGGGAUGGAGUACUUCCUCGCCUGUCUCAAGAGUUUCCCCGACAAGGAGGAGCUUCUACGAAACAUGAUGGGACUUCUAGGGAACGUCGCUGAAGUCCCUUCCCUCCGCCCGCAGCUGAUGAAUAGACUGUUCCUGACUGUGUUCUACGAACUGCUCGAGUCCUCCAGUGAUGGUAUCGAGGUGAGCUACAACGCGGCCGGUGUACUAGCUCACAUGGCGUCCGAUGGACCCGAGGCUUGGACGGUGUUUGAACCAGCUCGUGAUGCUGUACUGGAACGUAUCGCCACAGCCGUAGAGAGCUGGGACCGUAGGGCUGAACGGAAUAUUAAUUAUCGUUCAUUCGAACCCAUACUAAGUCUACUCCACGCUCAUCACACACCGCAGUGCCAACACUGGGCUGUUUGGGCAUUGGCCAACCUGACAACUGUAUACCCCGACAAGUACUGCGGCUUGGUGGAGGCUGAGGGCGGGCUCCGUCUGCUGAAUGCUCUGCUGCAGCAUCCCGGUCCAUACAGCAUGAUCAAGGACCUGGCGCGCCUCGUCAUAGACAACUGCGCCCGCCACUCCCAGGACAUACCGCGCUCCGACACACCGGACAAUUAA